UGGCAGACAGUGGCUUCUGGUCUCGAGUUGCCAAACUGCGUCGGGGAGGCAUCUCCGCCAAGGGCAAGAAUAUUCCACAUCGUUAUAAGUACCCCCUGUGCCUUGCAACCGCCGCUCAUGUCGACGACCCCUCCUCCUUCCCAGCUCACAACACCGAAAAUGGCACGACAGUCAAGCGAGUCGUCCUAUCCAAUGACCACCGUCGGCGGCUCGGGCUCGGCAACGCCCUCAGCUGCGUCCAAGCGUCCAGCAAUGAACCAGCAAUUUGCUAACGGGUUCGAACAAGGGAUUAAUGUCGGCCGUAAAGGUCUUGUGGGAGGUGUCAAAGUAGUCGGGAGUGUAAUGGACGACUUCAAGGAGUUCCUGAGUCGUGGAAAUGUGAUUGAUCUCGCUGUCGGUCUUGUUAUGGGUGCGGCAUUCACCGCCGUGGUUACCUCCGUAGUUACGGACCUCAUAACACCAGUGAUCGGGCUAGCGACACGACAAAACUUGAAAAACAAUUAUCUCAUCCUGAGGUGUCCUACUGUGCCUGUUCCGAUCGCUAACUGCACUAAAGCAAUGUGGGCAACAGUGGCUGAGGCUCAGAAAGCUGGGGCGACCACUUGGAACUGGGGAAAUUUCCUAGAAGUCACCAUCAACUUCCUGAUCAUCAGUAUCAUUAUCUUCUUCAUGGUGAAAGUGUACGCCGCCGCUUUCCGCCGCAAGAAGCCCGAGAAGAAGACCAAGGAGUGCACUUUCUGCUACAAAGACAUCCCUAUCAAAGCGAUCCGGUGCCCUGAAUGCACGAGCAACUUGGAGGAUAAGAGGCCCCCAAUGCCAGAGAGCGUAGUCACUAUCGAUUCGUACGGCGACUACGAGCGACCUCGGCCGCAGAAGCGCCAGUGAGGUGGCUCUGAAGAAGGGGUUCUAUUAUGGAUGGCGGACAAUAGUCACUGGAUGAACUGUCGGCGUAGUUUUCGGACAUUUCCGUAGAGCAUCCUAUACGUAUAUUGUAGAUGUACAUACACAUAGGCAGGUCCCAUGUAGACACUUUUGCAUUGUAAGAAUAGCUUGAUAGACUUCCAAUGUGGAAGCAGGACAUUCUUCUUGCCGCAAAUACGAUUGAUG